GCCGUGGAGUUCAUCCAUAUCCGGUUCGAAGCAAAAUGGCCGGCAGAAGACCGUAUGCAGCGGAGUUAAGUAAACACGACGUAGACAUUCUUCUAGGCCUGUAUUCUGGUUGUGAAUGCCUUUGGAAUAUGCAGUGUCCAGAGUAUACCCAGAGAAAUGCAAAACAAGCAGCUUUUCGUAGCAUAGUGAAUGGCAUGCGUCUGGAGACCGGCAUAUUUUUGACGGCUGAUCAAGUAAUUGCCAAAAUAAGAAACAUCAGAGCACAGUAUGGAAGGGAGUUGAAGAAAACACUGGAAUCAGAUAAAACGGGCAUACCAUAUCGUUCUCAGUGGCGUUGGUUCAACUUCCUAGAUUCAUUUUUAAGGAGCCAUUUUCCCAAGAAGGAUGAUGAUGAUGAUGAUAUUAGUGAAGCAGAUAAAGAAGCUGAAAAAGACGUUGAGGUAACUGGGACUCCAACCAGUGUACCACCCAUCAAAGUCAGUGCAGAUGACAGUGAUGACAAUGCUGAUGAGAUUGAUGACAUCAGUGACAGUGUUUCAGAUGCCCCAGCUGCUAAUUCAAGUACUUCAGCGCCAGUCCAGAACUUAUCAUUCACAAAAAACAGAGAGAGACCUCAAGCCAAAUGCAGGGCACCUCAGAAUCAUCACCCAAUAUCCUUGCGUUCUCAUGAUCCCAAACCACAACCAAAAGUUGUUGGUCCUGCUAGCACUCCUGCCAUGCGGCUUAUUAACGAUGUAUCUCUACAAUCAGUGACUCCAGAGAGGACCAGGAAACGUUCACGGAGUUCUGCUUUUGGUCCUGCUGUGUCCCUGAACAGUCCUGGUAGCGAGAGGAUGCCUUCUAUUCCAGCUUCGCUCUCCCAUACCCUUCAUCUCAUGCAGACCCUCAUGGCCACAACAUUGUCAUCUCAGGAUCAUCCCUCGUUUGUGUUUGCCAAGCAUAUCUCCAAUGAAUUGGACCUUAUCACAGAUUAUAGGAGGCGAAAAAAGUGCAUGAUAGCAAUUCAGGAGGUCAUUCUGCAGUAUCAAAUGCAGGAAGACCAGAUGGCUGCAGUCAAGGAUGAGAGGGUGGGUGAAACCAGAGCAACUGCAAACAGUGUUAAAGAUAGUUUAAAAAGUGCCGAAGCAAAGUCAACACAAGGAGAGUUAGAAAGUCAGAAGAACUUAUAUGAAAAGAGAGGUAGUGGUUUCCAAAUUGACGAUGAGGAUGACACUCCUGUGCACUUUGAAAUGCCUGCAGGCUCCUCUAGCAAUAAUACAUUGGGUGGGAUCAGGGCUUAAAAUGCUAUGUCUUGGACAUUUAAAUAGUGAAAGGUGAUUUUGCAUCAAGACUUAUCAGUUGUUUUGAUCUGUAGAGUGACAAAGGAGAACGACACAAUCCAUUCAAGAGAAGCAGAUAAUUAAGAUUUUAUCCAGAUCAUUCCUUUGAAAUUCUCUUUAUUUAUGUAGUGCAGGACUUGUCCAUGAUCUUUACUUCUCUUAGUCUGCAUUCAGGACUUCUUCCUUGAUUCUGCAUUUGAACAAAACAUUUUAUAAACAAAACGUUUUAUAAAAAACUUGUGUGAAA